AUGGAAGAUAAGAGCGUGGAGUUGUUGGCUUCCGCUGGAUCCCCCGCAAGUACAAGGUGGAAUCCGACCAAGGAGCAGAUUAGCAUACUUGAAAGUUUGUACAGACAAGGCAUCAGGACUCCCACUGCUGAGCAGAUACAACAGAUCUCGAGCAGGCUUAGGAUGUAUGGUCACAUCGAAGGGAAGAACGUCUUCUACUGGUUCCAGAACCACAAGGCAAGGCAGAGGCAGAAACAAAAGCAGGAGAGCAUGGUUUAUGCCAACCAGUUUUUUCAUAAAGCUGCCCCAGUUUUGGUUCAUUCCCCUCGUCCCUGUAACAAUGUUGUUUGUGCUCCAUUUUACAUGCCACAAACUGGAAUUGGAUUUUACCCUCCGCAUCCCAAGGUUCUACUCCCUGGUGGUGUCAAGAGAAAGCCAAAGAUGGACAAAAUGGAGAAAAGAAAAGGAACUGGAGGAGGCGGGGAUGGCGUUAGUGCAGGAGCAGGUUACGAAGCAGCACAAGCUGGAUUCUAUAACAUGUACAAAGACGACGACAACGAGGGACUGGUUGGUACCACCGAUGGUCAUCAUGAAACAUUGACGCUCUUUCCUUUGCAUCCAACCGGGGUUUUAGAGGAUAAAAUCGAAAAUCAUUUCCCAUCAACUUCAGCUGAGAAUUCUAAUGCUUCGACCUCUUCUGGAUCAAACUCUGUUGAAGUGGUUUCUGCAGACCAACCCUUGAUUGAUUUCUUUGCUGAAAAUGGAUCCGUCGAGAGCUAUUAA